AUGAGACCAAGCUUAAUACGUCUGAUCAGGCCACGUCGCCCUGAGAGAAAAACACCUCCUCUUUUACCGCCUUUGAAGCUUUACCGCUCGAUUCUUAGAGCUCACAGAUUAAAGUUGCCAUCUGAACUUCGAUCCUUGGGUGAUGAGUACGUGAAGGCAGAAUUCAAAGCCCACAAGAAUACAGACAAUGCCCUUCAUAUCGUUGGGUUCUUGACUCAGUGGCAGGAUUACUUGAGAAGCAUCGAUGGUGGCACCUGGCAGGAGGGAAAGAUGACCCAACAGGACCUAGACAAGAUGUCGCCAGAGCAAGUCUCUCAGCUCUACGAGUUGAUGCAAGAGACCAAGCGUAUUGGUCAGCAAUAA